AUGGCGACGCAGAGCGGUGCUGGGAAGCGUGUCAUUUUUACUGGCGGCAGCGGAAAGGCAGGCAGAUAUGUCAUUCCUGAGCUGGUCAAGAGAGGCUACAAGGUCUUAAACCUCGACCUUGUCGACUUCCCGGACCCCAGCGCCGGCGUCUUCACACUGAAGACUGACCUCACAGAUUCAGGUCAAGUCUUCAAUGCCAUGACGACCCACUACGACUUCGCAGGCUACGAGCAAGGCUACUCCGAGCCUCCUCCCGAUGCAGUCAUCCACUUCGCCGCAUUCGCCCGCAACAUGCUCGUGCCGGACAACAAAAUGUUCGCCUCAAAUGUCACAGCAACCUACAACGUGAUCGAGGCUGCUUGCAAGCUAGGCGUGAAGAAGAUCAUCUCCGCCUCCUCAGAGACCACCUACUCCGUUUGCUUCUCCGAAGGCGAUACUGAAUACAACUCCUUCCCGCUCGAGGAGGACUACGACGUCAACCCCAUGGACUCAUACGCUCUCAGCAAAGUCUGCGGCGAACGCACCGCCCGCACCUUCGCCCGCCGCUUCGGCACGGACAUCUACGUCUUCAGAAUAGGCAACGUGAUCGAACCGCACGAGUACGAGCGUGACUUCCCCAAGCACGUCGGGCAGCCUAUGACACGGAAACGAAACGCGUGGUCGUAUAUCGAUGCGCGCGACUUGGGCCAGAUGUGCGAUUUGGGCAUUCAGAAGAGUGGGUUGGGGUUCCAGAUUUUCAAUGCGACGAAUGAUACUAUUACGACUACGACGCCGACGAAGGAGUUCCUGAAGAAGGUGGCGCCGGAUACGCCUAUUACGAGGGAGAUGGGGGAGUGGGAGGGUCCGUUGAGUAAUAAGAAGAUGAGGGAUGUUCUGGGUUUCAAGGAGGACCAUGAUUGGAGGAAGUAUUAUAAGCCUUGA